GAGAAGGUUCCCCACAAUUGCUGUCACUAAAAACCUCACAAAACCCCUUCCCAAAGUGACACCAAGAGAGCGGAGAGAGAGAGAGAGAGAGAGACUUCAGAAACACACAAACACAAACCGGAGAGGAGGAGCGAAAUGACGACUCAAUUCCCGGACGAUUUCAAGUGCCCGAUUUCGCUCGAAAUAAUGUCCGACCCGGUUAUCCUCUCAUCGGGGCACACCUUCGACCGGUCCUCAAUCCAACGGUGGCUAGACGCCGGACACCGUUCCUGCCCAAUUACCAAACUACCCCUCCCCGACAAUCCCGCCCUCAUCCCCAACCACGCCCUCCGUAGCCUCAUUUCCAAUUACACCCUCCUCUCUCCUCCCAAACCACGGCCCUGCCCCGAGCCCCAAACCCUAGUCUCCGCCCUCACCGCCACGGCAUCCUCUCUCGACUCCAAGCUCAACGCGCUCGACCAGCUCGCCCGGCUCUCCAAGCGCGACUCGGCGUUUCGCCGAAAAAUCACCGAGUCGGGGGCUGUAUCGGCUGUUCUCGGCUGUGUCGGCUCCGAAGACCCGGUUCUCCAGCAGAAAUCGCUCUCUCUGCUGCUCAACCUCAGCCUCGACGACGACAACAAGGUGGGUCUCGUCGCGGAGGGCGCGAUCGCCAGAGUCGUCGCCGCUCUGCAGGCUGGCUCGGCGGAUUCGCGCGCGGUAGCGGCGACGAUUUUGACGAGUUUGGCGGUGAUGGAGGUCAACAAGGCGACGAUCGGGGCGUACCCACAUGCGAUUCGGGUCUUGGUUUCGCUUCUUCGGGACGGGAAAGGCCGAGAGAAGAAGGAGGCGGCGACGGCGCUCUACGCGCUCUGCUCGUUUCCCGAUAAUCGGCGGCGAGCGGUUCAGUGUGGGGCGGUGCCGAUUCUGGUGAGAAUCGCCGAUUCGGGGCUAGAGAGGGCGGUGGAGGUGUUGGGUCUUCUGGCGAAGAGCAAGGAAGGGAGAGAGGCGAUGGAGAGGUUCAAUGGGUGUGUGAAGGUUUUGGUGAGAGUGGUGAGGAGUGGGAGCUCCAGAGGGGUUGAGUAUGCUUUGCUGACAUUGAAUUCGCUGUGUUGUUAUAGCGAAGACAUGUGCGUGGCGACGAGGAGAGAAGGGGCUUUGGAUUUAUGUAUGGGGCUGGUGGAGGAUGAGAAUGAGAAGAUUAGGCGAAACGCUUGGGGUUUGGUUCAGGUUCUGCGUGGGAGUCAAUCCAUCCGGUGAUCUUGUGAAUUGGAAAAGAUUCGAUUUUUUGUGAUCGCUUUUGGAGGGGAGGCAAGCUGUUGUCUUCAUUUUGUGAAAAAAUGAGAUAUGAUAGUGUGAGGAAAGAACAACACUAGUUUGGCCGUUCAAAUGUUCUGAAAUACUAUUCUUUUAGGUAUUUUGCUUGCUUCCCGUUGAAAAGCCGCCAUUGCCAGAGCUCGUGCCACACAGUCUGCUGUAUGUUCUUAAAAACCUUCUAUGUUUUAGUCCUCUCAAGUUAUUCCUCUGAUAUAUCUUGUAUAGGAUUUGGACAAAAUAGCAAGGCUUUGGGAGCCAUGUUGGCUCAAAAACAGGGGGCAGUAAUUGUAUAUAAGAUUGUGUUUUGACAUUCUUGUGGUCAUUGAAUUUUGUCUCUGCUGUUGACUA